AUGAAGGCGCCCAAGUUUAUGUUCAUCAACAAAACUGCCGACUCCGACUCCCUCUCCCACAGCCACAAGAGCGAAAGAAUAAAGAUCCAUAGCCAUGUCCAGAAGGGGCGACGGUACAAGAAAUCCGAGGGAGGCAUCAUCUACGCUACACGGCUACCGCAUCUUCGGCCUGAACGGCAAGGCGGGCAAGGGGAUGACUGUCCAGACGAACCUAGCGAUGACAAACGAGGUACCGCCGAGUCAUCGACGCGGGAUGCACCGGGCCUUGAACAUUAUCCAUCAGGAUGCUCGGUACGCCGCCACGGCGGCCAAUUGCUCCAGCCGCUAGACCCAAAUAUCGACCCGUUGCUCUGGGAUUAUUCACAGGCGCACCUCACGCCGUCAGGGUCGCCUCAGUCAAUACCAGUAUUCCCUGCGGCCUCGGCCGAGGAAAGCUUCGAUCCCUUCGAGGUGACCUGCGUCAAGGUCGACGGGGCCAUCUACAGCCUGCUGCACUAUUUCCUGCGGGUGUGGCACCCCAACGUGUGGCAUCUCGAGAGAAGUGGCCGGGCGGAUCACGAAUAUGCAUUUCGGGACGACGCAAUGAGUCUGAUCCAGGGGUGCCUUCACGACAAGUACAACAUGUACGCCCUCCUUGCCUACAUGGCGAGCUACAUGCACGAUAUCGACGGAAUUACGCCUCCUGGGGACGGCAACGUCUACAUGCACCAGGCACUCCAGGCUUCCCAGAACUAUGUCAAGAGCCGGCUACCGAUCACGGGCAGGCUGAUCUUCAACAUCUUCGCUCUUGGCUGCGCGGAGUGGUACAGGUACAAUCGCCAGGCCGGUUACGUGCACCUCAAGGCGGCCAAGUCUAUUAUUGACUCGAUCGGGGGUUUAAAAUCCCAGGACGGCCCGCUCGUGGAUCUUUUGUUGACAGGCGAUGCAUACGUGGCUGGGGAACUGCAGAGGAAACCCUUGUGGUCUGAUGCGGAUUUCGACAACGGCGACGACCACCCCAUGACGGCGUACGGUCUUCAGGAGCUGCAGAAGCUUCUCUCGGGCACGAUCGCCCUAGGAUCAGGUCUCCUCAGCUCUGCGCAGCAAACGAUUAUCCCUGCGGCCUUGCGGUGGAUCAUCUUGGAUCUCGCAGUGGUGCUUUCUGUCUUCAAGUCGUCGCAAUCCUUGGGGCCUGCGGCCGAAGAUAAACCCUCCGCUGCUGAAGGGUUCCAUUGGGUCAACGUGCGCAGCAUCGCCAUCAGACACCGUCUCCUGCAUCUGGAACUGGGUGAUCUGAGAAGCGAAGCCGUCCGCAUGGCGAUCGUGUUGUGGAUGUUCAUGUGUUUUACCGUCACAGGGCGAAAGCGGACCAACAAAGUCAUGGCGCCCUUCUUGCGAGAUCGGCUCUGCUCGAUCCCAGGCAAAGAAUGGGACGGUCACGAAGAGGUUCUUCUGUGGGCUCUGAGCAUCGGCGCUCUGUCCGCCCAGGUCGGCUCCGAAGCGCACACUUGGUUUGUGGCCCAGAUCAGUUCUGUGCCUUGUGGUAGCGGAGCUGGCGAUGCGGACCAGAUCUUUUCCGCUCUCAUCGGCCUCUCGGAGAAGUUCUUUUAUCUGGAGUCGGCACAGAGGAACGAUUUCAGGGCUUUGGCUGAUGAUAUACACGACUUGCAAACAACGAUGGGAGAGUCGAACUCCGAUUCCACGUCUCAGGGCGUCUGAGCGUUGAGUGAUCCCCGUGGUUGUGGCAGAUGCCGCCAGAGAAGACAGAACAGCACCGUUGUACAG